GCAGUGAAGUUAGGUUUUUGACAAUUCAACCGCAAGUUUUGACGAUAAACGUGAAAUAUACGUUUACAAUAUUUAUUAUUUUAUCAAGAUAUAUUUUAUAAUUUGUGCACUUUAACUAAAAACCAUCAUGAAUACCAAUAAAUUUCGUCAAAUGGAAGACGAAAUGAAUCGGUUUGAGGCCGAAAUCUCGGGUCAAACGUUAAUGAAUGCAGCUUAUUCCAAUACUUUCGGACUACCGGGAUUUGGAAAUAUACCCCCGCCGCCUGCACCACCUCUCCUUAUUCCUCAUCAAGUGAAGCAAGUUAAAAAGUCGACGUCGCAUAAUGCUUAUGAUAUGUAUUCCCAACCAGCAGUAGCUCAACAGGCUGUAGUUUCUGCAAAACCUACUCUUUAUACAGCAGCAACUAAAGCUGCACAACAGUCUGCCCUAGCUAAUUCAACAAGUUCUUCAUCAACAACGACAAAUCAGUCAUCAGUUGAUUUUAUUGCUUUACAGUCAGAGGUAGAAAAGAAGUUAAAAAAAUUGAAAAAUGAGAAAGUGAGUGCGGAAUUAGCUAUAUCACAAGGAAAAGCAAGUAGUGCAUUACAAUCAUUUGGACCAGACGACUAUAAACGAAGGGGCAGUAAAAAUAGGAAGUUGAUGCGUACUGCUGGCGGGCAAGUGUGGGAAGAUCUGUCAUUAACUGAUUGGCCUGAUGAUGACUUUAGGAUAUUUUGUGGUGAUCUAGGAAAUGAUGUCACUGAUGAACUGCUUACUAGAACUUUUAAUAAGUAUCCUUCAUUUAAUCGUGCUAAAGUUAUAAGAGAUAAACGUACAAACAAAAGUAAAGGAUAUGGUUUUAUUAGUUUCAAGGACCCAGCAGAUUUUACAAAGGCCAUGAAGGAAAUGAAUGGCCGAUACGUGGGUAGUAGACCUAUCAAAUUACGCAAAAGUACUUGGAGGAACAGGUGCAUUGACAUAGUGAAGAAAAAGGAAAAGGAGAAAGCUGCAUUGAUAAGCAUGUUGACGUCCGGGUCCGGAAGGUAAAUUAGUACUAAAUCGAAUGUAUUCUCACACAAGUUUAAAUGUAUAUAUGUGUUAACAAUAAAUAAUUUUCGAAAUUAA